AUGACAUCUACUACUCGGAGCGCUAAGAUUCGCCAACAGGCCAGCGUACCGCCACAGGCGACUGAACCUACCAGCGGUAUCGACGGCAAUGUUAACGUUGCAGACUAUGUCGAUGUCGAGGCAGAGCACGACUCCGAUCCUGAGCCGGAACCCGCUGAAGACGACAAUGACGCGGGUUCACUUAAGGAUUGGGUAGUGUCUGAUGGCGUAGACCCGUCCGUCUACGAUUCGGAGUCGGAGUCGUCUGACACGAUGUCCGCUUCGGGCGAGUUUCCGCCAACCUUGACUGGGCCCGUCAGUGCUUCUACGUCCGAACCGAUGGUAGAAGACCCUGUCCAUAUUGGCACCGUCGACGUGAAAGGGAAGUCGGUGGCAGUUCCUGUGCCGGUCAAUGAUAAAACGGACGUGAACAUGUCGGAAGAAGCUACGCACUCCACAGUCUCUGGCGAUGCUACUAUGGACGACGCGACAAACACCGGCGAUACCGCGAAGAUGGAAGGAGUCAUAGCGGGCGCCCAUUCCCUUUCGAUGAACGAGGCCGGGCACGGCGCUGAGUCCAAGGAGCACGAUCAGGCUAUCACCAAUCUUUACGCGGCCAUCAAGGACUUGCCGCCGCAGACUGUCGCCGAUCUAUUCUCUGCCGUGAAGGAGAAACGCCCGGCGCAGCACUCGGUCAAGACGCAUAGCAAACCGCACAAGGGUGAUACCAAGACUACGAAGAAACCGGAACCAACGCAGACCACGCUUGAACUCGAGAAGAAGAAGGAAGUUGACCACGUCACGGACGAGCAAUUCUCUCGCGAAGAUGGUGUGCCUAUCAAAGGACAAUUCUUGCGGCGUCUGGUCAUAUUUACCACGUUCGCCAACAGCGAGGAGUCGAUGUUCUACGUCCGCAAUGAGCCGCGAGAUCUUGCAUGGUCUUCGCAGAGGGCUCGCGGAGCGCGCCUCAUUGUAUCCGGUCAAGCUACCCCUGUUCGUCUGAUGGUCAUCGGCCAGAUCAGUUGGAACGGGAUGCUACCGUUGAGUCGAGGUGACAACGGACCAAUAUACCCCACGAAGCCCAAGGUCGCCAUCAAGUGUCUUCGCGAUGGAGACUUUCUGCAUGUACGCAACAUCAUCAAAGAUUAUUCUAACUCAAAGCUUACUCUUGAGCUCCAGAACAUGAGCUCGGUCUUGGCUUACACCGACUGCAGUGUCCAGAUUCGUGGGCAGGACAAACCGGUCGGCGUACCUUUCCCCCGUGUCUAUGACGGCGAGAAGAAGUAUUCGGCGAACAAGUCUGGCAUGCCCGUCAUGCAACCUAACCAGCUGCUUCGCAACGACAUCGUCCUGCUCGAGAUGUCAGUCGGCAAGUAUUACGAUAUCUUCGGCAAGCAGAUGGAUUGGAACAGUACUCGCGUCUACUUCAAUCUUGAAGCAGUCACUCUUCUCCUCCGUCACGACUCCAAAGCUAAAGACAACGGGCCUACGCCCAGCUCUUCGAAGGUGGAGGAAGUGUCCAUGGACGUAUCUAUGUAG